AUGCUCAUCGUCUCCACUAUGACGCGCCUUCCCACCACGCCCAUCCGCUACUGCUGGAUGGAAUAUGUCCCAAACUUUUCACCCUUCCUCCACCUUUCUUCGGCGCUCUACAUCGGCGCCACCUGCGAAGCGCCAACACCUUUCCAAUCCCAAACCCCUACCACCACCUACCCAGUCGUCUGUUCCGCCUACCACACCCACAUCAACACGCCCUUCAUCUUCUUCUACGUCUACUACUCUCGCUUGGCCUACGACCACAGCACUCACCAUCCCACCACAGCCCCUUUCAGCAAAACUAUAUCACACUCCCUUCCGCCUCUUCCACGGUGGAUGACCCUCUACUUCCCCCUCUUCCUGCCUACCGCAUUCAUCCUCCGCGCACACCUCCCAACUCCAACAAAGGCACUACUCGACCUCCCACGCCUGCCGAUUACGUCGAUCCGCCUGCUUAAAGUGAACCUCCGCCUCCUCGUGCUGCUCGCCCCUAGUACACCUUUUUGCCGUUAA